AUGAGCGUCAUCCAUCCGACUCUCGGCACAUCGUCAAACCCGCCGCCGCCCUACUCAGCUUUCCAUCUUGUCUGUUUUAUCAGUCAUCGCAAAGAGUUCGUCUGCCGUCACCCAGCUCUCGCCCAACCCCGUGCCCUCAACUUAUCUCGCCCUUGGUCGCUCCGGUGGCUCCAAGGAGGAGCUUCUGCCCUGGGAGGCGGACUCGUCGCUGCUACCGUAUUCGCUCCCCAUCUGAUCCCUGGGGAUGGGCACGAACGUCAGCCGCUUGACGAAGUACAGGUAGACCAGCAAUAUGACUGGGCAGAAGGCGAAGACGAAGAGGAAGGAGAUGACGCCCAUCAUGACGUUGAACUCUAUCGCGCUGCAGCCCAUCUCGGCGGUUGGGUGUGCGUUGUCGGCUCCUGA